UAGGAGAAGAAGAACUGAGCGAGGGAACAUAAACGUGAAGUGGGCUGUCUUUGUUCAUUCUGCUCUAAAUCUGCUGUUUUUCAAACUAGUGACGUGAGCGUAGCUCUUACACUGCGUAACGUAAUGAUGGAGUCAGCAGAACUGCAACUUAUAGAAUGUGUACUGCAGCACGAUACUACAGUAUUUCUUCAAAAGCACUUAGUGAAGUAAGCAGGAGGAAUUACUCCAGGAGAAACUACUGACAUACUAUUGUAAAGAUGGAGUUUAAGGAAGAUCCCUGCAGAGUGAAAGAUGAAGAUACAGAUGAACAAAUAGACCUGAUUGAAGUGAUUGAAGACAAACACCAUUUCACUAAUGAAGAUGGAGAACCGACACAUGAAAAUAAAGACAAACAUCUGUUUCAAAGACCUCAUCAUUUCAGAAAUGAAGAUGGAAACACAGUCGAUUCACGGACUGAAGAUAAUUUAACACAAACACAAGCUGAAAAAUCUGGAGUCGAAGGAUCUUUGACCUGCUCUGAGUGUGGAAAGAGUUACAGAGAUAAAUCAACCCUUAACAGUCACAUAAAAAAAAUUCACGGCGAAAAACCGUUCACCUGCUCUGAGUGUCCUAAGAGUUACACAUAUGAAUCACAGCUUAAAACACACAUGAGAUCUCACACUGGAGAAAGGCAUCAUGUAUGCACUCAGUGUGAAAAGAGGUUCAGUCGCAAAGAGUUAUUAAUUGUGCACAUGAGAACUCACACUGGAGAGAGGCCUUAUACAUGCUCUCAGUGUGAAAAGAGGUUCAGUCGCAAAGAGUUAUUAAUUGUGCACAUGAGAACUCACACUGGAGAGAGGCCUUAUACAUGCAGUUACUGUGGAAAGAGUUGGGGGCACAACUCAAACCUUAUAAUACACAUUCGUUCUCACACUGGAGAGAGGCCUUAUAAAUGCACUCAGUGUGAAAAGACUUUCAGUUACAAGUGGCAAUUAAAUGAUCACAUAAGAAUUCACACUGGAGAAAAAGUGCUCGAAUGCACUCAGUGUGAAAAGACUUUCAGUGUGGAGGAACAAUUUAAUGCGCACAUGCGAAUUCACAUUGGAGAAAAACUGUUCACAUGCACUCAGUGUGCAGAGAUUUUCACCCGAUUAUCUCAACUACAGACUCAUACCAAAAAUUGCCCGAAGUUGUCUAAUGAGCAAAGUUCAUGUUCAGAUCCAUCACUCACAAAUAAUACACUUACAAGUAAAUAAUGUGACAUUUAGAUUAAUCAAAAGCUGGAUAAUUUGCUAAAAUUAGUAGUGAAGUUUGAUUGUUUGUCAAGGGGAACCUUUAGGGAAGGUCAAAAUAAUAGUUUAGAAAACUAGUGUUGCCAUAAAAUGAUUUUUGAAGGGAUGUGUUUUGAUUUUUGCAUUUAAAUCACUGCACAAUGUAAAAUUUUAUUUGCCAUUGAAUCAUUCAAACUGUUUUUUUUUUUUUUAAUAAUUCAUAUUCAUUAAACAUUUUAAAUAGAAUGAAACAAUUAACUUUUUGUCAGAACCUUUUUUUUUAGUUUUCAGGAUUCUGAAUUUAUCCAGAAUCUUGCAGCUCUAUACGGAAGAGGAUUAGGGCCAAGUUAUAAUAAAAAAUUAAAACCAUCUCAAGAUUAAAGUUGUUAAAU